GAAUGCCUAGAGAGAGAAAAUAAAAAAUAAUUGAAGAGAUGAAAGCCGAUAAGAAUCUGCUAUAUCGAUUACUACUCUUCUUCGUUUCCCUCUCAUCCGCCGCGGCGGCGGCGGCGGCGAAUGGCGUCCACGGAGACGCCGAGCUCCUCCUCUCUUUCAAGAACUCACUCCCGCCGCGGCCGUUAUACCCCGACGAGCUCCAGAACUGGCGGCCGGAAACCCCUGUAUGCAAUUUCAGCGGCGUUUAUUGCAAAACCGCCGCUGCAGUUUCCGCCGUUGACCUUGCCGGCUACCACCUGAACGCCGACUUUUCCACAGUCGCUACUUUUCUCCUCCCCCUCCAAAACUUGGAGUCCCUUUCUCUUAAAAACGCCAAUAUCUCCGGCGAGAUUUCCUCUCCGGCCAAAUUGAUCUCCUGCACAAGUUCUCUCACCACAUUAGAUCUAGCUGAAAACACCAUUUCAGGUGACGUCACUCUUCUUGGAGUUUGUUCUGGUUUGGUUUUCCUCAAUCUCUCAAAAAAUUCGAUGAGCCCUUUUGAUAAAGAAGCCGCUGGUACCAGCUUCUCAGGGCGGCUGAAGUCGUUAAACGUUCUUGAUCUUUCUUACAACAGAAUCUCCGGCGACAACGUUGUUUCUUGGUUUCUGUCGGACGAGUUCUCCGAGCUGCAGAGCUUGUCCUUAAAGGGUAACAAACUCGCCGGAAGUUUGCCGCCGCAGUUGAAACUCAAGAACUUGAUCUAUUUGGAUCUCUCCGUCAACAAUUUCUCCUCCAAGUUUCCAUUUUUCAGCGACUGCUCAAAUCUGCAGCACCUGGAUUUAUCCUCCAACAAAUUCUCCGGCGAACUCGGAAACUCCCUCUCCACGUGUCCGAAUCUCAGUUUCCUCAACCUCACCGGUAACCACCUCACCGGCGCCGUACCGGAGCUUCCGAGUGUAAAGUAUCUCUACCUCCACCAGAACAAAUUCCACGGCUUUUUCCCACCGCAUAUAUCUGAUUUAUGCAGAACCCUCGUCGAGUUGGAUUUGUCCUUCAACAACUUCACCGGAACCCUACCGGAAAACCUCGCCUCCUGCUCUGUUCUCGAGCUUCUCGAUAUCUCCGGCAACAACUUCUCCGGCGAGUUCCCCGUGGACACACUCUCGAAGCUGAGCAGUUUGACGACACUGAUAAUGUCUUUCAACAACUUCGCCGGAGUUCUACCGGAAUAUUCCCUCUCCGAGCUACCGAAUCUCGAGACAUUAGAACUGGGAUCCAACAGUUUAUCCGGUUCAAUUCCUUCCUCGAUUUGCGAAAGGAGUAACAACAGAUUGAAAAGGCUCUACCUUCAGAACAACAUGUUCACCGGUGCAAUACCCGAAAGUUUGAUCAACUGCUCGCAUUUGGAAUCGCUCGAUCUCAGUUUCAAUUACUUGACCGGCGCAAUCCCGCGCAACCUCGGAUUCUUGUCCGAGUUAAGGGAUGUGAUCAUGUGGUUCAAUGAAAUCGAAGGCGAAAUCCCGACGGAGUUUUCGUAUUUACAGAGCUUAGAGAAUCUGAUUCUUGAUUUCAACGACUUAACCGGUUCGAUACCUUCGACUCUAAGCAACUGCACUAAUCUGAACUGGAUUUCGUUGUCCAACAAUCACUUAACCGGCGAGAUUCCUUCUUCGUUCGGCAGUUUACCGAAUCUCGCGAUUCUCAAACUCGGUAACAACUCGCUAACGGGGAAAAUUCCGGGAGAGCUCGGAGAUUGCCACAGUUUGAUUUGGUUGGAUCUCAACACGAAUUUCUUGAACGGUACAAUCCCGUCUGAUCUAUUCAAACAAUCGGGUAAUAUUGCGGUUGAGUCCCUCAACGGAAAGAAUUUCGUCUACAUCAGAAACGACGGGACCAAGAAUUGCCACGGGGCGGGGAAUCUCCUCGAGUUUGGCGGGAUUCGUGAGCAGAAUUUGGGCAGGAUUUCGUCGAGACAUCCUUGUAACUUCACGUUGGACCGGCUUUACCGCGGCAUCAUCCAACCGUCGUUCAACCAUAACGGCUCCAUGCUCUUUCUCGACCUCUCGUACAAUAAUUUGGACGGUUUUAUCCCCAAGGAGGUUGGAAACAUGUUCUACUUGUUCAUACUCAACUUGGGACACAACAACCUCGUGGGCCCCAUUCCGAAGGAGCUCGAGGGUUUGUCCAACGUGGCCAUUCUUGAUUUGUCGUACAAUCGGUUGAACGGAACGAUUCCGCAGUCGUUGACUAGCCUCACUUUCCUCGGUGAGAUCGAUUUUUCGAACAACAAUCUAUCCGGAAUGAUUCCUGAAUCGGCCCCGUUUGACACGUUCCCCGAUUAUCGGUUUGCGAACAACUCCGGGCUCUGCGGGUACCCGCUCGCGCCCUGCAGGCCCGGAGCACGGGCCGUGACCAACCCCCACCCGAGGAGGCAGGCGUCCCUCGCGGGGAGCGUGGCGAUGGGGCUCCUAUUCUCGCUUUUCUGCAUCUUUGGCUUGGUCCUGGUGGCAUUGGAGGCAAGGAAGAGGCGGAGGAGGAGGGAGGCGGCGCUCGAGGUGUACAUGGAGAGCCGCUCGAACUCGGCCUCGUGGACGAAGAUUACCGCCCGCGAAGCGUUGAGCAUCAACCUCUCGACAUUCGAGAAGCCGUUGAGGAAGCUUACGUUCGCCGACCUUCUAGAAGCCACCAACGGCUUCCACGACAGGAACAUCAUAGGCUCCGGCGGGUUCGGCGACGUGUACCGCGCAGAGUUCAAGGACAAAACCGUCGUUGCGAUCAAGAAAUUGAAGCACGUGAGCGGCCAAGGCGACCGGGAGUUCACCGCCGAGAUGGAGACCAUAGGCAAGAUCAAGCACCGGAACCUAGUACCGCUCUUAGGUUACUGCAGUGUCGCUGACGAGAGGCUAUUGGUCUACGAGUACAUGAAGUACGGGAGUCUAGAAGACGUGCUCCACGACAGGAAGAAAAAUGGGAUCAAGCUCAACUGGAACGCGAGGCGGAGGAUCGCUAUCGGCGCCGCCAGGGGAUUGGCUUUCCUCCACCACAACUGCAUCCCGCAUAUCAUCCACCGUGACAUGAAAUCGAGCAAUGUGCUCCUCGACGAGAAUUUGGAGGCUAGGGUUUCCGAUUUCGGAAUGGCGAGGCUAAUGAGCGCCAUGGACACUCAUUUGAGCGUGAGCACGUUAGCCGGCACACCGGGAUACGUUCCGCCCGAGUACUAUCAAAGCUUUCGAUGCUCCACUAAAGGAGAUGUAUAUAGCUACGGAGUUGUUUUACUCGAGCUUCUAACGGGCCGAAAGCCCACCGAUUCGCCCGAUUUCGGGGAUAAUAAUAUCGUCGGGUGGGUUAAGAUGCAAGCGAAGAUUAGGGUUAGCGAUGUUUUCGAUCCGGAGUUGGUGAAAGAAGAUCCCGGAUUGGAGGUUGAGCUUCUAGAACAUUUGAAGGUCGCGUCUUUGUGCUUGGACGACCGGCCAUCGAAGCGGCCCACCAUGAUUAGGGUUAUGGCUAUGUUUAAAGAAAUCCAAGUGGGGCCCGGGCUCGAUUCCGGUUCGUCGAUUGAUGUUGGUUUUAGUGCAGAGGAUGGUGUGGAGAUGAGUAUAAAAGAAGGUGAUGAGUUGUGCAAGCAUUUGUGAUGAACACUCUUUUUUUGGACCAAAUUUUCAAGAUUUGUGUACUAUUUUCUAUGUGUUUAUUAAUAUUAGUUUACCAUACAUAUAUUAAAAAAAAAAAAGGUUGUCUUAACUUGUAACAUUGUUUGUACAUAAAAUACAGUUUGAGUUUGUUAUGCUUCCUUGGUGUUUUUUGUACAUAAAACACAGUUUGAGCAGAACAAGAAGAUUUGAGAUUUUUACA